AUGAAAACGCAUAACUUUGCUUGUCUUUUUGAUAUUGAUGGAGUCAUUACGAAAGGUCCAAAUUUUAUUGCAGCUGCAAAACCAGCUAUUCACACACUAAUGGAACUUAAUGUUCCAGUCGUUUUUGUUUCAAAUACUUGUGCAAUAGAAUCGGAAAAAGCCAAACAAUUAUCAGCGAUGCUUGGUAUCACUAUUGAUCCUGAACAAGUUGUUCUUGCUCAAACACCAAUGCGUACUUUAGCUGAAUAUCACAACAAACAUGUUUUAAUAUCUGGGCAAGGUCCAACAGAAGAAAUAGGACAAAUGCUUGGCUUUAAAAGUAUAACAACAGUUGAAAAAGUCUGUGAAGCCUUUCCAGAAUUAGACAUGGUAAAUCAUAUGAAUCGAGCUAAAUUUAGUGAUAUGAUCAAAAAUCAAAAUGUUGUUCGUAAUAAAAAUUUUCAUCCUAUCGAUGCUAUUGUUUUACUUGGUGAACCCAUCAGCUGGGAGAGUUCGUUACAAGUUAUAACUGAUCUUCUUUUAACGGAUGGCAAUCCAUCAGUUGUACCUGUUGAUACAUCAGUUAAUCGUUCUCAUAUGCCGGUUAUUGCUUGUAAUCGAGAUUUAGUUUUCAAAGCUGCUGCUGAUUUACCACGUUUCGGCCAUGGUGCUUUUCUUACAUGUUUAGAAGCCUUAUAUAAGAAUCUUAGUGGAACUGACUUGGUAUAUAAAGCGUUUGUUGGUAAACCAUUUGAAAUAUCAUUUCAAUAUGCUGAAAUCAUGGCUAAUAAGCUCGCUCUUGCUAAAGGACAACAAAAAAUUGAUAAAAUCUAUUUCAUUGGGGAUAAUCCUGAUGUUGAUAUUGUUGGUGCAAAUAUGUACAAUUCUUUAUUACAACAAGAUGUUGAUGCAAGAAAAAGUAUCAGCGGUUUCGAUUUGAUUACAGAUCCAACACACUUAACUGCAACAUCCUGUCAAUCAAUUUUAGUAUGUACAGGUGUUUAUGAUCCAAAUAAACAAUUAACUGAAGAAAAAGAACAUUGGAAAAAACCAACAACAAUUCAGCAUGAUGUUCUUGAUGCUGUCAAAUAUAUUCUAAAAAAAGAAGGAAUUUCAUUGAUUGCAUAA